GAUAAAUAUAAAUGUGUUUUUUUUUUUUUUGCCUAAAAAUCCGAAAUUUGAAAGAAAAUGAUUUCUUUCUGAAAUUUCCUUCUUUAUCUCAGAGUUUCAGUCUCCUAGUAGGAAAUAAUUACUACUACUUUUGUCGUAUAAAAAGCGCUUGGGUUUUCUUUGGCUUUGGCUUUUGAUAAGCGACGACGGCGCCGGCGGCUUUGGCCUUAAUUUUUCAUGGAAGUGCAGUAUCAAGUCGAUGGCAACAUGGAUCCACCGAAAAGCAGCAUGGAUUCAUCAAAAUUUAAGAGACGAAGGAUUUCUGCUGUUCGUGACUAUCCUUUACAGUUUGCAGUGAACUUGAGACAAGUUGACCACGUCCACCCAUAUGCGCGCAGCCCUGUUUUGGAAAAGUACCCCCCUCCGAAAAUUCGUAAAGGGGUUACUGUCAGGCGAGAUUUUCCUGUAAAGUUGAAAUUUCCUACUGCUUUGAGGAAUCAAAUAUCCGAUUCCAAGGGGAGUAAUUCUGAUGAUGGAAUGCCUAUGGAAUAUUCUGCUUUUGAUGCAGCUAAUUUUUGUGCCAGCACAGAUUCCAAACAGAGCAACACCACAAUUGCUAUGCACCCCGAGUCAUUGAAUGCUACGAUUGCUACUAAUGCUCGUGAUAUUCUUGCUUGCAUAAAAAAUAAGGACGAUGAUGUUAAAGAAUUUAAUAUUCAUGAUAGUCAUGAAUGCAUAGAACCUAAAAAGAAAGGUGUUGAAGAAUCCAGCUUGUUAAUGAACAUUGAGGAUGAGCAAUGUGAAGUUGAUGUUCCUAUUGCAGAUAAUAUUUAUGCGUGCACAAAUGUUAGGGACUCCAAACCCCAAAAUGUUCCUAAUGUUAUUGAUGUUUGUGAUAUUCAUGUUUGUACGAAACCUAAAAAAAGUUUUGAAGAAACCAGCUUGUUAAUGAACAUUGGGGACGAGCAAUGUCAAGCUGGUGACUAUCAAGUAACCCAUAAGAGUCAGAAUCCUGCAUCUCUUACCAAAGGAGCAUGCUCAUCAAUGGCUGGGGAUGAACAAUGUUCGGAUUCCAUGUUUGGUGUACAUCAUUUCAAAGAAACCUCUAAUGAUGAUGAAGAAUGUGUGGAAGCCACUUCGGUGGAGGUGAAUAAUCCCAAAGUAAUCUUUAUUGAUGAUGAAGAAUGUAUGGAAUCCACUUCGGUGGAGAUUAAUGAUCCUGAAGUAAUCUUUAUUGAUGAUGAAGAAUGUGUGCAAGUCACUUCAGUGGUGGUGAAUGAUCCCAAAGCAAUCUUUGAUGAUGAUGUAGAGUGUGUGAAUGUUGCUUCAGUGGAGGUGAAUCAUUCUCAAAUCGGUCCUAGCAAUGAGGAGUUGAUCAUUAAUAAUGAGUUGAGAAAUGAUCGUGACAAGAUUAAGUGGAUUAUUAAUAUUUACAGAGAAGUUUGUAAAGAGCUUGAACGAAAUCACAAUGGGAAAUCAAAAGGUGGUUUUACUAUGGAAGCUGCUUCAAUUCUUCAAAAGCGGCAUAAAUGGAUCAAAAGGGAUAAGCUUAUGGGCACGAUCCCAGGGAUUGAAGUCGGCGACCACUUUGAUUGGAGGGCUGAAUUGAAUUUAGUUGGUCUCCAUUGUCGAAAUAUUCAUGGUAUAGAUUAUAAGAUGCUUGGUGAAAAAAUUGUAGCCAUAAGCGUUGUGGACUCUGGGCGAUAUGACAAUGUUUUCAAGUCAAAAGAAGGAGAGUUUCCGGACACUUUAAUUUAUUUAGGGGAAGGAGAAAAUCCGAAGCUUAAAGGUAAGAAACCUAUAGAAGACCAAAAACUUAGAGGAGGAAACCUUGCAUUAAAGAAUAGUGCGGAGGUAAAAAAUCCAAUAAGGGUUAUUCGCAAGUUUUUCUAUAAAUAUGGGAAGGUUGAAAAGAGCAGAUAUUUUUAUGAUGGGCUGUACUAUGUUGAUAGUUGUCGAGAAGAAAUAACAUCUUCUGGUAAGCUUGUUUUUAAGUUCUUGUUGAAGAAAUUUCCAGAACAACCAAGACUUGAUUGGUUAGUAGUUUGGAAACUUGUUUGCGUGAAUGAUAUUCCUGAAGGUAAAGAGCCCCCAACAGUAGAUUAUGUCAUCGACGAUAUUUCUCAGGAUAAAGAGAGGAUACCUAUUCGUGCAGUGAAUGAUUUUGAUGAUGAGAAGCUUCCAAUAUUUAAUUAUACCCCCAAUGUGACAUAUCCUGACUCAUAUCAUCCUGUGAUCGAUGAUGGAUGUGAUUGUAUCGAUGGCUGCUCUGACUCUGAGGUUUGCCCUUGCACCCAAAAGAAUGGAGGGUCUUCAUACAAUUAUGAAGAACGCCUCAUUAAGAAGAAGCCCUUUAUCAUUGAGUGUGGACCUUCUUGUAAUUGCUUUACUUCUUGCCUUAAUAGAGUGAGUCAACGUGGAAUUAAUCUUCCUCUUGAAGUUUUCAAGACUAAAAUGAAAGGAUGGGGUGUUAGAUCCCGAUCUUUUAUUCGAUGUGGAAGUUUUAUAUGCGAGUAUACGGGCGAAAUCAUCCUAGACAAUGAAGGUGAACAAAGGGUAGGUAUGGAUGAGUACUUGUUCGAUAUAGGGGUUAGUGAUGAUCCUUCUUUGCGAAAGGCAAAUUCUCUUGAUUCAUCUGAGGGAUAUGAAUGUUUCACCAUUGACGCCGCUCGACUUGGGAAUGUGGGACGAUUCAUCAAUCAUAGUUGCUCUCCGAAUCUUUAUCCUCAAAAUGUUCUCUAUGAUCACGGUAACAAAAGAAUGCCACACAUUAUGUUUUUUGCCAUGGAAGAUAUACCUCCAUUGGAGGAGUUAACCUAUGACUAUAAUUAUGAGAUAAAUGGAGUUUGUGAUACAAAAGGUAAUAUCAAGGUCAAGCCUUGUUAUUGUGGUUCUGAUGAAUGCAAUGGGAGAAUGUACUAGUUUGUGGAUGCAUUCUUAUAAUUGUUUCAGUUAUUUUGAGAACUUAGAAUUGCAUACUUGAAAUUGCAGCUUUGGUCAUACUAACGUC